AUGGCUCCCACUGGUGUCACUAUUUGUCUCCAUAAGGUCCCUAGUACCAUCAGUGAAGAUGGCUGUGUUCUGGAUUUCCACCCUGAACAAAAUUACUACAAACUGAAGGAAGAGUACCUCCGAAAGGGAAAACUUUUCACAGAUCCUUACUUCAAAGCCUCUUCAGAAUCACUCGGAUAUGAUAAACUGGGACCUCGCACCUGGGUCUCCCAAAAGACUACUUGGAAGAGGCCAAAGGACAUCUGCGAGCAUGGAACCCCCAAAUUUAUGGAGAAAGGAAUGACUCGACAUGAUGUUCUUCAGACCACACUGGGUGAUUGCUGGUUCAUGGCAGCCGCUGCAUCCCUCACCUUUCACCCUCAGCUCUUGGCAAGGGUGGUCCCUCUAGAUCAAAGUUUUGAGGAGAGGGAAUAUGCUGGCAUCUUCCAUUUCCAGUUCUGGCAAUAUGGCCGGUGGGUGGAUGUGGUGGUGGAUGACCUCCUGCCUGUUUUGAAUGGAGAGCUACGCUUUGCAGGACACAAUGAUGACUUCUGGAUGCCUUUGCUGGAGAAAGCUUAUGCCAAACUUAAUGGCUCAUAUGAAGCCAUAGAUGGUGGAUGGCUGAAUGAGGCCUUUGUGGAUUUAACUGGUGGAAUUGGGGUGAGAAUAAACCUGAAACAAAAACAAAAAAAGCUUUUUGAGACCAUUGAGAUGGCACUGGAAAGGAAGUCCUUGCUGGGAGCAGGCAUCUCCGAUUUUAAAGGUGUAGUGGACUCAAAGGGGCUGCAGGGUGGACAUGCCUACUCCAUCAUUGGGACCCACAAGCUCACCAUAGAAGGCAAGAAGGUGAGGCUGGUGAAACUACGGAAUCCCUGGGGCCACACAGAGUGGACAGGCAACUGGAGUGACAGUUCAGAAAUGUGGUCCAAGGUUGAUUCAGAGCACCAGAAAACACUGAUUGAGGAAAAAGAAAACAAGGAUGACGGUGAAUUCUGGUAA